GAAGUGAGGAACACGUUAUUCUAUGACUCACUGCCAAAAAGUGGAAAUAAAGAACCCCUGGUUCAACACAUUGGUCAAAGGGUAAGUCUAAGGCAGAAAGCCCUCCACAAUGAGAAUGUGUCUCUUCUUUCUGGUCGGACUUGGGGAACCGGAGCACCCGGAGGAAACCCACGCAGGCACGGGAGGGCACGAAAGGGCCAUUAAUAGAAAUGCAAGACGAGAUUACGACAAAAGAGAGCACAAUGACAGCGCUAAGGAGGUUCGGCUGGUUUCUCUGUUUUUUGGCUUUGAGGAUCAACACUGCCCAUUCAGCCCCUGAUUUCUCUUUUUAUCUCCACAAUGUUCUGAAGAACCACACGGCCCAUGCUUGCGAAGGAGACACACUCACCAUUGAGUGUCCCGCCAGGACGUCUGUGGCCGUCUUAUCAGCCUUCUUUGGACGCCGCGUUCCUCAACACUAUUUGUGUCCCAGCCAGAAGACAAAUCUAACCGAGGACGUAGAGUGUUCUUCUCCGGUCGCUAUCAAGAAAGUGCUGGCAGAGUGUCAGGAUGAGCGGUCCUGUCAAAUUCCUGUGCUUGGCCCCGUGUUUGGGCAUGACCCCUGCCCAUUCACCAGCAAGUACCUUUUAGUGUACUACAAGUGCAGACCAGUGCACCACCGAACGAGACUGGUGUGUGAGAAUGAACGCUUGAGGCUGGCGUGCAAAAAUGACACCGUGCUGGCCAUCUACUCAGCCACCUUUGGACACCUGCUACAUGGAAGCCCACUUUGUCCUCAGGGAGGGGGUUCAUUGGUGGACAUGGAGUGUUUGUCGGCAUCCGCUCUGAGGAGGGUUUCUCGUCGAUGUCACGGUCGAGCAAACUGUUCAGUGCUGGUUGACACUCAAACCUUUGGGGACCCGUGUUUCCCCGACACCAGGAAACACCUGCGAGUGUCCUACACUUGUGUGCCCAGGUAUCUUUUGGAAAACGUCGGAAGAGGCAGAACAGAUCCUUUCAUGAUUUCAGACUACACACAUGGUGGAUGGUACACUGGCCCCACCUACAGGCCUCAAAAUGUGCUACUAACCAACUUUCUGGAGAUGGUAGAAAAAAUGUUGGGUGUGCCUGAGCGAGUGGCUCUGUAUUUCGUCUCCGGGAUCUGUGCCGGUCUGGUUUUCCUGCUCUGUCUCUUUGGAGUACGCUCCACAUUGGUGAAAGACGUGAAAGAACUUGUGUCAGAUCUGCACGAUGAGCUGAAAGCAUCGAGCAGAGAGCACAAGGACCUCACGGAAGACCUCUACGACAAUGACGAACUCUCGCUCUCAGAUGCUUCGUCGUUUCGUCGCCUCACUCAGUCGUACCGCAUGAGGGAUAUGCUCGCUCCCGCUACGCUGACCUUGGAAAUGAUGGCACAGGGUGCUGAACACACCACAGAGCUGCCCAAUGGAGAUAUUUGGCCACAUCCAAACACCAAUCCUUAUGCCAUUCACCAGAUUACUAAUUACAAUUAAUCUCAUUUUUAACCCGACAUAAGUACCCUAAUUUCAUUCGUUCAUCUUGAAAUUUGAUUACUUUUGCAUAGGAGCCUGCAGAAGACACAAUACUUCGUCCAGGUGCUACAUGGUUUGUGUGCACAGAGUUCCUGUAAAAACAUACUGUUGUACCUUACGGGUGGGAAUGUGGGGAUCUUAAAAAUGCAAAAGUGUCCUCGUCGUGUGUAAUCUUGGACAGUGGUAACAGUUCCAUGUUGGGAACUAUAAGCAGUCCUGACAGUUGUUUUUGCUUCCACCACAAUUGCACAGGUUCCAGCAAAAACAUUCUCCUAUUGGUGUUUGGGGGAAUUUUGAAAAUUCCUAGUCACAUAUUGUUGUUAAUCAUUUUCCAUCCAUUAUUAAUGUUUUUUUUUAUUAUGGACUGAAAUCGAGGACAAUUUACGGACUACCCACACCUACUUGGUGAAGGCAUAGUACUUUGAAUUAGUGUAAACUAAAUGGAUCAACAUGGUACCUAAAUACACGUAUGUGUUCCAUGUCCUCAAGCGCUUGUUCUCAUUCGGGUUGUGUGUGAAGGGAUCUAUGCCAAUUUGGUGAGAGGCGAGGUACACCACGAACUGCCACCACUUUCCGUCACUCCUGUUUGGCUUGAUACAACACUUUCUGCUUUAUUAUUAAGCACAGGACUACUCCAUACAAAAGGAGAAACCAAA